UUCGGGUUUCACGCGACGCGGUUCGUUUUGUCGACGGUGGCCGGAGAGGGACAAUUACCUCAUGGAGCCCGCUGUCCGCCGCCAUCACUCGCACCGCCGCCGCCUGCUCCUCGGGGACGCCGAGGGUCCCCUCACCCGCCGGAGAAGCCUCGACACUGCCGGCUCAACUGAAUCCUCUGUGGAGACGUUGGAAGUCAAGAACGCCAAUAUGAAGAGGACGUCGUCUUCUGAUUCUACCGAUUCAGGCUGCUGCAUGGAUUCCCCUGUCCUGCUUGGCAUGAAUGACCUUGAAGAAAACUUUCGCCUGCCCAUGAGAAGAAUAUAUUCCCUCCCGCACGGUCUUCUGGGUUGCAGCCCUGCGCUGAAGAGGAACCACUCGCCGAACCUGGAUUGUGACGUUUUCCAAGCCCUCACUCCCGAAGAAAACAAAGAGAACGAGCACUUUGAGUUCAAGAAACCAAUCCGCCCUGCCUCUCGUGGUUCUCUGCACCUUUCUUCUUUAGACGAUGAAAAAGAUCCUUCGGAAGCAAGGCAGGACUCGAAUACAGUACUUACGUUCUCCAGCGAUCAAAAUAUUGGAAACAAUACCAGAACGGAGAUCCCUGCAUUCCCACGCCUUCUAUCCCAAGAAAUCACAGUAACGGAAAAUGAUGAUGGCUUCUUAGAGAUGAUGGCUGGCCCAGAUAGCACUAGGGAUGAUGAGUCAGCUUCUGACAUGUCGUGCCUUUGGACCGCUCCUCUGGUGGUCGCUAAGAGCGAGGACCUGCAGAGCCAGCAGAACAAACUGAGCAACACAACUCGCAACCUGGCUAAGACGGCCGCGGUGAAAAGAACUGAGAAGACCGUCGAAGAAAGCGUCCCGGCUUUCGGCAAACGGAGGAGAAACACCCACAUGGAAGAUGCAGAAGCCAUGAGUCCCUCCUGCUCUUCCUCUUUGGAGAUAGGCAACGUAUUGGAUCGGGACCAGAGAGACCUCAUUGGAGACUUUUCAAAGGGUUACCUCUUCCACACUGUUGAUGGCAAACAUCAGGACUUGAAGUACAUCAACCCAGAAAUGAUUGUCGCUAUCCUGAACGGCAACUUCUCCGUCUUCAUCACGCAGUGCGUGAUCAUUGAUUGCAGGUUCCCCUACGAGUACGACGGGGGUCACAUCAAGGGCGCCAUCAAUCUUCCAAUGGAGCAAGACGUGGAAGACUUUCUGCUGAAAAAACCCAUGGUGUCCUCUGGAAACAAACGCAUCAUUGUUGUCUUCCACUGCGAGUUCUCCUCUGAGCGGGCCCCCCGGAUGUGCCGAUUUGUCAGAGAAAGGGACCGGCUGGGCAACCAGUAUCCCACCCUGCACUACCCAGAGCUCUACAUCCUCAAAGGGGGCUACAAGGACUUCUUCUUCAAAUGCAAGAGCUACUGCGAGCCCCAGAGCUACCGCCCCAUGCACCACAAGGACUUCAAGGAGGACCUGCGCACCUUUCGCACCCGGAGCCGGACCUGCGGCGAGAAGAGCAAACGUGAACACUACAGCCGUUUGAAGAAGCUUUGAAGGGGACCGGGGGGGUUUCUGAAACGGACACUUUUUUGGGGGGAUUGAGGUGAGGGGGGUUGGAUCCGUCCUGUGCGACCCGACGGAGACCACAGGAUUGUCGUCGCAGGUAGGACAGGGUAGCACUCUAGAGACGAAUCCUGGAUUGUUUUUCCCGUGUUUCAAGAGCACGGGUGGGAAAGUAGAGAGGGCCUAUACACACACAUACAGAGAGAGAGAGACAGAGAGAGA